GUUCUUAAUUAAUCGCUCUACCAAUUUCAUUUGAACAAGCCAUUGACUCGUCGAUGGUAAGCUGAUAGCCACCUUUUAACAUCUCUCUUGCAACGUCCGCAACCCUUUCAUCUCACUCCAUUUCUCGUUCAAUUCGCUAUCUUUCAAGUCAAGUUUUGUCUUCUCAACUCCCGAUUCCCCUUUGAAUCUGAGAAACAGAAAGAAAGAUAACAUCUUUUUCUGCACAAUUUUCAAGUUUUAGUUUUUUGAAUCAUGGGUUCUGUUUCGGCUUUGAAUUUCACAAAGCCUACACAGAUACCAACUCAAGGAGAAGACUCACAGAACCCCUCCACUUCUCUUCUCUCUUUCGACACUGAUUCCUCUGAUACAUCCAAUCCUCCUCAGAAACGCACCACCACCACCAUCUUCAUCUCCUUGAUCCUCAUCACUUGCAUUGCUCUCUCUGCUGCCUCCGCCUUCGCUUUCCUCUUCUUCUCUUCUUCAACGACUGCGUCGGACCAGAAAUCGUCUCCUCCGGAAGAAACAUCUCGUCCGUUGACCAAGCUCAAUCACCCUGUAGUCCUCUUGGUUUCUUCUGAUGGGUUCCGGUUCGGGUAUCAAUUCAAGACUCCAACGCCAAAUAUUCACCGUUUGAUCGCCAACGGAACUGAGGCUGAAACGGGUUUGAUUCCGGUAUUUCCUACUCUAACUUUCCCUAACCAUUACUCUAUUGUUACUGGGCUUUAUCCUGCUUAUCAUGGCAUUGUCAACAACCAUUUUAUCGAUCCACUCACUGGGGAAUUCUUUACUAUGAGCAGCCACGAGCCCAAAUGGUGGCUUGGUGAGCCACUCUGGGAUACGGUGGCCAAUCAUGGGUUAAGGGCAGCUACCCAAUUUUGGCCUGGGGCUGAGGUGCAUAAGGGUUCUUGGAAUUGCCCUGAAGAGUUCUGUAUGUUCUAUAAUAGUUCUGUCCCGUUUGAGCAACGGGUUGAUAAGAUUUUGAGCUUUUUUGAUUUGCCUAGCGAUGAAAUUCCUGUUUUCAUGACCCUGUAUUUUGAAGAUCCUGAUCAUCAGGGCCACAAAGUUGGCCCUGAUGAUCCAGAGAUAACUGAAGCUGUUGCUGGAAUUGAUAGAAUGAUUGGGAGGUUGAUUAAUGGGCUAGAAAAGAGAGGAGUUUUUGAGGAUGUUGAUAUUAUUAUGGUGGGUGAUCAUGGCAUGGUUGGUACAUGUGAUAAGAAGUUGAUAUUUCUAGAUGAUUUGGCUUCUUGGAUCAAUAUUCCAGCUGAAUGGGUGCAGUCCUAUUCUCCGGUGCUCGCCAUUCGUCCCCCACCGGGCGUGUCACCGUGGAGCAUUGUUGUGAAGAUGAAUGAAGGAUUGACAUCAGGAAGAGUUCCUAAUGGGAAGCAUUUGAAAGUGUAUCUUAAAGAGGAGCUGCCUAGUAGGCUUCAUUAUUCAGCAAGUGAUAGAAUUCCACCAAUCAUAGGGCUGAUUGAAGAGGGUUUUAAGGUAGAACAGAAGAGAACAAAACAUCAAGAAUGUGGAGGAUCACAUGGUUAUGACAAUGAAGUUUUCUCCAUGAGAACUAUCUUCAUUGGUCAUGGUCCAGAUUUUGCUAGAGGAAGAAAGGUGCCAUCUUUUGAGAAUGUUCAGAUAUAUAACUUGGUUACUUCAAUUCUCAAGAUACAGGGUGCUCCUAACAAUGGGUCUCUAUCAUUUACAAGUUCUAUUCUUUUGCCUUCUCCUAAGUAAAUAUGUCCUAACCAGCUCCUUGAGUUGUCUCAUCUUCUCAACUGUCACAUCCCUUUGUUCAGACAGUUCAUCUGUUAUGAACUGCUACAUGGGUGGAACCUAGACCGGGUACACAUGGAUCUGUAGGUAAAUGAGGUUUUAUGUGGACCCCAUUAUAUAUUUACACUAUGGGUCCAAUGUGGACCUGGUCUAGGUAAGUAUUUUUCUGUAAAAUUAUUGAAAUGUUAAGGGUUUUGAUUAGCCAGAAUUAUAAGCUAUUAAUUGAUUACUUCCCAUUUUCAGGGAUUGUCAGCUUUA